AUGACUCAGUUUUUUGCCUUCGUACGACUCUUCGUUUCCUACCCUCAUGACCCUGAAGCCGAGCCAGAGAAGAGCGACUUCAUAGAGGUCGUCACGCUGUCAUCCUCCCUUGGUGGUCGACCUCCGCCUGUCACCAAUCCUAGGUUUUCCGCCGAGGCGAGAACACCGACGGCUGCGGUUUGGUGGCGUCGGACGGAACCUAAGGCUGCCGAUGGUGCUGUUCGAUGGCGUCUGGGUUGUGUGUGUGUGUCUGUGGCGGAGGCACGACGGACCAACGGCGGGUCUGAGAUGGCGGAGGCGCGACGGACCAACGGCGGGACUGAGAUAGCGGAGGCGCGGCGGACGAACGGCGAGCGCAUGGCAGCGGGAUUGUGGAAGUAUGCAGCGGCAUGGCGGACGAAUGGCGGGCCUGAGAUGGCAGAGACGCGGUGGACGAACGGCGGGUGCACGGAGGCGGGCUUGUGA